AUGAUGAUGAUGAUGAUGAUGAUACUGCAAAAAAAAGUUCUACCUAAAAAUACAAAGAUAUUUAUUUCUGACUGGACCAUAAAGCGACGGCAAGGCAUGUGGGGCGGCGGCGCGCAAUGCAUGCACUCGUCGCUCCCGCGCGGUACUCGCGCCCAGCCUGCCCCGACCCUUAGCGGGGCCAUUGCCAGCCGUCGCCCACCCAGGCCUAUACCUCCAUCACCAACGCUAGUAUCUCAAAUCGACUCGUCCGUCGCGUGUCUAUGGCUGCUCACUCCUUUAUCGGCUGGUACUGCUGUGGUUGCGGUCCUCAUAGCCGUGACAACAAAUAACUGGUUACAUACCCAAGAGAAUAUGUUAAAUCCGAGUCCAAAUGAAACUGGAAAAUAUGAAAUUCUUGCAAAACAUACCGUAUCAGGACUUUGGCGGAUUUGUUAUACCGAUCCUGGCAGCACUGUUUAUCGAUGUCUAGAUAUUCCAUACUUUCCACUAUCUCAAUAUACACCUGAUCCGAGCGAUUCCACUAAUGCUAUACCAUAUGUAGUGACGAGAUCAGCUAUACCUCUACUGCUAGCAGUUUUAACACAAGCAGUUGGAGCAUUAUGUUGUGUCUUGGGACAUUGUGUGAAAGGAAGACGACUUUGUACAUUUAUUGCUGGUGUUCUAUUUAUAAUUUCUGGUCUUAUAAUGUUAACCGGGAUCGUCAUGUACAUAUCUGUUUUUAAGUCACAAUUAGGCCAUAAAUUACGUUACAUGGCUUAUUUUGAUGCUCCGCGUAUGUCAUAUAGCUAUGGUUACUCGUUUGGUCUAUAUAUUAGUGGAUUUAUUGCCGUUGAAUUGGCAGGAACAUCUGCCAUCUUUCUAUUCCUACAAUGGUAUCAAAAAGACUGGAUUACAGAACUAUGCGAUAAAGCGAAGGCAGAUUGCAGAGCUUGGGACCGAGAAUAUGCUUUUUCAGACUUAAGAGAAAGAGAACCAACACUACUAGAUAGGCGAAUUAUGAAAAGAGACACGUACCCUCCUAGUGGAUCAUCAGCAGCAACACCAAGAGAGCGAAGACGUUUUGUCUAUGACGAUGAUGAUCUUCCACAUUGUUCCAUACAUAAACACAGAAGGAUAAAUUUAAGCUCCACAUCUCUAAAGGACUUGUCAUCUUCGACGCUUUAUGGUUUUCCAGCUGCACCUCGACCAACAGCUUGUGAUAAUUAUUUCGAAGAAUUAAAAGAAAUUCCACAGAGCGCCAACACUUUGAGUGGUCUAAGGAGUGCUUCUAUAUUUCAGUCUACAGCUUCAGUAGCUAGCGGAAGAUUUUUGGAUAAUACUGUUGUUGAACAGCCACCUCGAGAAGAGGAAAUGGUAACUUUUGGUGCUGGUGUGAGGACGGCAGUAGAAGAAAUACCAACUCGACAUGACCGGGCUGUGGGCACUGAUCCAUACCGCAGAACUACUCCUGUCUGA